UUGCACUUAUUGUGUGUUUUCGGAUAAUGCAUACAGCUGGUAUUUCUAUCCGAUAUAUAUCACUUCAGACAGAUUAGAGGGUAUAAAUUGAAAUGAGAUUUGUAUUUAAGACUUCUAAAGAUAUAGGGUAUUUACACUUUAUCGAUAAACAUUUAACAUUAAGUGGUGUGACAUUGUAAAAGUUCGUGAUGUAGUACAUACGGAGUUUCAACGUAAAGCGUUCCUUCAAAAUCGAGUACUUCAAUAAUGUAUAUCUAUACAUUGUGAUAUAAGUUAUCUUACUGAUCAAGCGCGAUAGAUAGUACUAAUAUUUCUAUGUGUAACGAUACAAGCAGGUUUAUAUACAAUACAAUGUUGGAGUUUACUUAUGCAUAGAAGCCGACCGUGCAACUAGUAUGUCGGAUGGUGAAGACGCUGCGAAGAUUAAGGAACUCUGGGGUCGCAUCGAGGGCUACGAGCACGAUCCUGAUGAUCCCAACUUCCUGUCCGAACAAACAUUACGCCGCUACUUGUUAUCACGUGACUGGGACGUGUCUGCUGCUAAGAAGCAGAUAAAGGAUACUCUUGAGUGGAGGCGGGAAACCAAACCACAACAUGUCGUCUGCGCUUUCUGUCAAACAACACCCGGUGGUCAUGCAAUGCGCAAGGUGGGCUUCGACAAGUCUGGUCGACCCGUAAUUUACACACAGUGUUGCACCCAGCACCAGCCGGUCGACAGCGCGAUUCAGCACCAGGUAUACCUGCUCGAAACGCCGUGCGGGCUUCAAAACAUGGCACUUACAGCUUCGUAUGGGUCAUUGACUUCAAAGGAAUGAAGAUAACGUCAUGUAACCCAAGGCUAGCGUUAGCGGUGGAGCACAUAGUCUCAAAUCACUACCCAGAGCGUCCGGGAGCGUGCGUCGUCGUUAACCAAGGAAUGCUCUUCCAGACGUUCUGGGUCGCCGUCCGAGGCGUCAUUCACGCGCGCACGGCCGCCAAGCUGCACAUACAUCGUCACCUCCACAAGGUAGAGGAGGACUUUACCGAACUGUUUCCGGAUGAGCUCAAGAGCUGGUUGUUGGAAGAAAUCCGGUUGAACAAGUCCAAUCCACUUCCGUAGUCGCAGAAGACAUUCUGGAAGGGCAUUUCCGGUUUAGAAGGUCACGAUCCCCGUGGUUGCGACUCGUACAUUCUAGAACACGUUGACAAUUUCCCGGUCAAAGAAUAUUUGGACCAAGGCAAUAGAGCAUUUACCGCAUCAAAACAUUCUAGAUGAACUGUUACAAAAACAAAACUCUUAAAAGCUGAAUCUUUUUCUGAUAAGUCAAUGAUGAAUUUAAGUUAUGUAAGUUAUGUUAGCCAUGCAAACUUAUCGGUUACAUAAGAAUACAGUCGAGUCGCCAAUAUCGGAAAUUCUCCAAUAUAGCGGAACAAAAUAGCAUUAAAUGAUUGAUAAUUUUCUGACCGCUUGCUUAUUUACACACAUGAGUGUGUCAUUGUGUCCAAUUGUUAUUCGAGCUUUAAAAAGAAUU